UUGGAGUGAAGAGUGUUGUGAAACUGGAAUUCAGGGUGAGGAGCUAGCAAGAGUCCUUGCCAUCACUCAUUCCUAUUCUGUGCAAGUUGUUUAAUCAGUCAUACUAGAUGGAGAGUCAACAGGAAGUGAUGGUAGUAGGAAAGGUAUGUGAAAUCUAUGAGGAAAUCUCCAAACUAGGAGACCUCAACCCCUCCAGCCAUGUCAACAACCUCUUCACCCAACUUGUCACCAUUUGCACCACCCCAUGUCAUAUAGAUGUAUCUCAGCUGAGCCAACAGGUUAGAGAAACCAUAGCAAAGCUCAUUAGACUUUGUGGGAAAGCUGAGGGACUUCUUGAGAGUCACUACUCAACCAUCAUAGGAUCAUAUGAAAACCCUUUAAACCACAUGAAACUUUUCCCCUACUACUGUAAUUACCUCAAACUAAGUCACUUGGAAUUCACCAUGCUCACCACACACUGCACCCAACAAGUCCCUUCCCAACUUGCCUUUGUGGGCUCAGGUCCCCUUCCUCUCACUUCAAUCAUUUUGGCCACCCAUUACCUCAGGCAAACAUGCUUCCACAACUACGACAUGGAUCCUUUGGCAAAUGCCAAGGCUCAUGGCUUGGUCUCUUCGGACCCUGACUUGUCCAAGAGAAUGUUCUUCCACACUAAUGACAUUCUAAACGUUUCAAAUGGCCUCAAGGACUAUAACGUGGUCUACUUGGCAGCACUUGUGGGCAUGGACCAUAAGGAGAAAGCAGAAGUCAUCAAGCACCUUGCCAAGUUCAUGGCCCCAGGAGCUAUUUUGCUGUUGAGGAGUGCGCAUGGUGCUAAAGCCUUCCUCUACCCGGUGGUUGAUCCUUCUUCUGAUCUCAAAGGUUUUGAAGUUCUCUCGGUUUUUCACCCCACUGAUGAGGUUAUUAACUCAGUUAUUGUUGCACGCAAGCAUUUGGUGAAUCAAGGGACUUAUUCAGCAGUGUUGGCUAGCAAAUGCUAUGGAGUUGAAGGGUUUAAUCCCUUCAACCAUGGGAAGGUUAUUGAGGAGUUGACUGUUGAGGAUCAAGCUUGAGGGAAGGGGACAUGGUGGCUUCUUAAUUUGUGUCGUCCAUCAUAAAUCAUCAUCAUAUGAUGUUAUGUGAUGUGAUAUUGCAUUAGCAGUUAAUAUCAAACAAGAAGUGUAUCACCACCAUGACAUUAUUGUUGUUGGAUAAUAAAACCUGUUUUGUUAACAUCUUA